AGAGUCUCUGCAGUGAAGUAGCUUGGUUUUUGAGCCAACUGUUUCAAUCAUUAAACACUCUUGUAAAUUAUGCAAACGCUUUUGUUGCCGCCCACCGCUCGCUCUGCCGUGUCACCGGCGGUGGUUGGGCUGUUUCCCUCACACCGCCGCGCGCCGUCCUUUAAUAUUGCUAGCAAUGUUGGUUUGUGCUCGCCAAAUUGUUUCUCCUCUGUCAAAACCCUUCAGUCUUCUUAUUCUUCUUCUAAUUGUGGAGGAUCAGUAUACUCAGUCACUAAACUCGCUUCGUCUCCGGUCACACCUACUUUCACUUCACCAAUCGACGAGUCGGAACAGGCAAAACUUGCUCAGGUUGCAAAGAGAUUAGAGAACACAUCGAGGUCUUUCAAGCGGUUGGGUGGUUUAGGGUUUUGGGGGCAGCUAGUGUUGACUGUGGUGGCUGCAGUGAUUCUGUCAUUUUCUAUUGUUGUUACCGGGAAGAUCACAUCGCCUGCGACCUUCUAUGCCACUGCUGGUGGAAUUGCAGCUGCAUUUAUUUCAGUGUUUUGGUCAUUUGGGUAUAUUCGACUUUCUGAGAAGCUUCGAAAAACUGCAAGUGACCCUUCUAAGGCUCCUCCUCGUGCUGAUGUGGUGAAAAAUUUGAAAACUGGCAUAGUAGUGAAUCUUCUGGGAAUGGGUGCUACUAUUCUUGGAAUGCAAGCCACUGUGGGACUGUUGGUUGCGAAGGCUCUUACUUCCUCAGCUAAUCCAUAUUACCAGGGAGUCCCUCGUGGCUACAGUCCUGUACUGGCAUUGGAUGUAUUCCUUGUGCAGGCAUCGGCAAACACUGUCCUUUCUCAUUUUUUGGGGCUUGUUUCCUCAUUGGAGUUGUUGCGGUCAGUGACAUUACCAGCUUCAGAAACCGUGCCAGUUCCCAGGGUCGCAUAAUCUCUUACGCUUGGUUAAACAUAAUGUAUGUAAAUGCUGCUACUAUUAGAAACUUGAUUUUGAAGCUUUAAUUGUUGGGUAGUGGAAUGUUCGGUUGAGCUCGUUAUAUAAAUCAGUUUUGCAAUUUUAUUAUCUUUUGGUCCGUACAAAUUUAUAAGAAAUCUGGAUUGAGCCAGUCUGACCAGGAUCUGGUUGCCAAUCUAGUUCAAGUCAA